AUGCUCAUUCCAAAGCAAAAUCGUAAACUUAUCUAUGAAAAGGGAGUCUUGGUAGCAAAAAAGGACUUCAAUGCACCCAAACAUCAAGAUAUAGAUGUACCAAAUCUACAAGUUAUAAAAGCAUGCCAAAGUCUUAACUCGAAAGGAUAUGUGAAAACACAAUUCUCAUGGCAAUAUUAUUAUUACUCGUUGACUGAUGAAGGUAUCGAAUUUUUAAGAGAAUAUUUACACUUGCCUUCGGAAAUUGUUCCUGCUACUUUCAAAAAACAAACUAGACAAGCUAACAGAACUCGAGGUAUUAUUUAG